AUAUUAUAAGGUUUUAUCAGGCAUUUAGAAAUGAUAAAAAUUGUAUAGAAAAGGACUUAAUAUGGAGGCAAAAUGUAUAAGAAACACUAAUGAAAUUUUGAACGAAUUUGAACGACGGGAUGAGGCGUAUCAACAGAUUUUAUUAGAGCAACAAGAACGACAGUUAGAGCUUAUCCAUCAGAAAAAAGAAGAACUAUAUCGUUUAAGCAGGAUUCAGAAGCUUAGAUUGUCGGGUAUUGAAGGUUCUAUUCAGGUUUUUGGGCCGGGUUAUUCAGGAUAUGGUAAUGGAUGGACUGGAAUUAAACCUCGGAUGUUAUAUCCUCGUGAACAAAGGGCAAUGAAAAAUAAGGCUAGAAGAUUCAAAAUUCCAAGAGAGACGAUGUUACAUCAGUCAGAAUGUCCAGAGUUAUUAGUACCUGUACGUAUUGAUGUAGAUUCGGAUCGGUAUCGGUUACGGGAUACGUUUACGUGGAAUAUGUAUGAAAUGUCUAUUUCUCCGGAGCAAUUUGCAGAAGUAUUAUGUGAAGAUUUUAGUUUACCGCCUCAUCCACAUUUUGCAACAUCAAUUGCAAAAUGUAUUACAGAUCAGGUAAAUGAAUAUCAACAUCAUGUUUUGAACGAUGCUUUUCAUGCUACGGAGAUGUCGGAAGAGUUUUUGGAGCCAAAUUUACCUUAUACGGCAUAUAAAGAUGAUGAUAUGAGAAUUCAAGUUAAGUUGGAUAUUAUUAUUGCUCAAUAUAAUUUGGUUGAUACCUUUGAAUGGGAUAUUAAUAAUCCCUAUAAUGAUCCAGAGGUUUUUGCAGAGAGAAUGUGUCUCGAUUUAGCUUUAACAGGAGAAUUUAAAACGGCUAUCGCUCAUUCUAUUAGGGAACAAGCACAAAUGUAUACGAAAUCACUAUUUCUUGUUGGAUAUACUUUUGACGGUAGGCCUGUUGAAGAUGAGGAUAUUAAGACUAUGAUAUUGCCUACAGUUUCGUGUAUAUUUCGGCCUUUGGAAAUGUUAAAUGAAUAUUCUCCUGUUUUACAUGAACUUUCGGAAUCUGAAGUAGAGAAACAAAACAAAGAAAAUGAACGUGAUGCACGUCGUAAGCGACGACAGAUUCGGGCUCGUAGAGGUAUACAAUUACCCGAGUUUAAUGAACGACCUAGAACACAAAGAACGCCCGUUGUACAUAGUGUCUUAGUUCCGGAAAACUUUUAUAUUGAUCAAUAUGGAAUUAAUAAAACGCCGAUCCCUGGUUUGAAUGAUGAUGAUGAUUUUGAUAGUUUGUUAAACGAAAGACAACGAUCGCCUUUACUUUCUCGUGAUAUCCGGACUAGAACUCCUGUUCAACAAAAUGCUUAUUCUCCAUCAAUGAGUCCUUCUUUACCUCAACGGCUUAUUUUAAAAUUUAAAAUACCUCGUUUAAAAGAUUUUUUGGUAAAUAUGUUAGAUAAUAAAUCUCAUUUAUCUCCUUCAAUCGGUUCUUCUUCUCUUCCACAAUGGCUUGUUAUUGCUUUAGAUAUUCUUCGUCAACGUUACCCUAAUGAUCUUUUUGAAGGUUUUGUUCGACAAGGAAAUGAUCCUUCCGAUGUUGUUGUACGUAUUCGUUGCAAUGAUUGUCCAGGUAAAUUAUACAUCCCUGGGCCUUCUUUAACUGUUGAAAAUUUUGAAAUUCAUUUAAAAAACCGUUAUCAUCGUACUCGAGUAGAGCAAAGGUUAAGAAACACUUUGUCAUGA